UAGCCAUAUGUGAGGAAAUGGUCACGUCACACUACCACAUCAGUUCAUAAUGUAGCUGCUAGCUAGUGGAAAUAGAUUUAUCAUUCAGUAUGUAUUUCGAAAAUCAACGGUUUUUAUUUCAGAGUUCACUGUUGUGGAUUACCACUAACGUUACAUGAGCGAUUUCAGCACCAAACGGCCCUGAAUUGUGCUGUUAUUUUCGGUUUCAGCUGUCUAACUUAAACAGGCUAACGCAGUUAACGUUAGACACAUAACAGCUUUUGUUUCUCAAAGAUGAGCUCUUAGAUAAACAGUAAAAGAUCUAAGAUCAUAAACACAGCAGCAGAAUUAUGGAUGAAAAAUACAGCAGUAAUGUCAUCUCCAGUGGGAAGCUGGGGCGAGUUGAGGUUCCAGAUGCCAGACUGACCCGGUACAUAGUAUUACUCUACUUUACCAAGCUGCUGAAGGCUUUUGGGAUAUUUGAGUCAUAUGAUCUCCUCAAAGUUGUGCAUAUUGUACAGUUUCUCUUUAUUUUAAAAAUGGGGUGUGCGAUGAUAUUGGUUUUCUUUCAAAAGCCAUUCUCAUCUGGAAAAAUUAUCCCCAAGAGACAGUGGAUAAAAAUACUCAAGCAUGCGGUCAUGAGCUGCGUCAUUUCCCUGUUGGGUUUCUUUGGGUUGACACUCUGUGGGCCACUCAGGACCCUUUUGCUGUUUGAGCACAGUGAUGUGGUGGUGAUUUCUCUCCUCAGCGUUCUCUUUACCAGCUCUGGAGGGGGACCUUCUAAGACAAGGGGUGCUGCUUUAUUCAUAAUUGCUGUGAUCUGCCUUUUGCUCUUUGAUAAUGAUGAUCUCAUGGCAAAGAUGGCAGAGCACCCUGAGGGGCACCAUGACAGUGCUCUCACCCAUGCGUUGUACACAGGGAUUGCCUUUUUAGGUGUGGCGGACCACAAGGGUGGAGUGGUUCUGCUGGUUCUAGCCCUGUGCCUGAAGGUGGCUUUCAACACAGCAUCUAGAAAAUUAUCAGUGGAGAUUGGGGGUGCAAAACGCCUAUAUGCUUUAUCUAACCUCGUGUCGGCUGUAGUUCUGCUGCCCUGGGUCAUAGUGCUGUCUGCAACCACUGAGAGUAAGGUGGAAUCCUGGUCUGGCCUCAUCUUGCCAUUUGCCAUGAUCAUCUUCUCUGUGAUGAUUCUGGACUUUUACGUGGAGUCCAUCUGCACUGCAAAGCUGGAAACCUCACGCUGUGCUCGAUAUGGCUCCAUCUUCCUGUUCCUCAGUGGCCUGGUGCUGGCAAACUUCUGGACCCACCCGCUAACCGACCAGCUCAGAGUGAUAAGUAAGCCAGGAAACAACCAGCAGAGUAGCACUGAGCAUGUGCUGUCUGGUGGAGUGCUGGUCAGUGCCUGCUUCUUCAUCAUGGCUGAUAGCAUACUGUCAGCCCCUUCUUCAAAAGGUCAGAAGGGAACACUGGUGGGUUAUUCCCCUGAAGGAACUCCUCUUUAUAACUUCAUGGGUGAUGCGCUUCAGCACACGUCCCAGUCUCUGCCUCACUUCAUCAAAGACUCACUCAAACAGAUCCUGGAGGAAUAUGACUCGCGGCAGAUCUUCUACUUCCUCUGUCUCAAUCUGGCCUUCACAUUUGUGGAGCUCUUCUAUGGUGUGUGGACCAACAGUCUGGGGCUGAUCUCUGAUGGCUUCCACAUGCUGUUUGACUGCUCGGCUUUGGUCCUGGGGUUAUUUGCUGCCCUCAUGACCAGAUGGAAAGCAACAAGGAUAUAUUCCUAUGGGUACGGUCGUGUGGAGAUCCUCUCUGGAUUUAUCAAUGGCCUGUUUCUCAUGGUCAUAGCUUUUUUUGUGUUUGUGGAGUCAGUCACCAGAGUCAUCGAUCCACCUAACAUCAACACAGAUAUGCUAACGCCAGUUUCGGUUGGUGGACUCCUUGUUAAUCUGGUGGGCAUCUGUGCCUUCAGUCAUGCACACUCCCAUGGGGCCUCCAAAAGUAGCUGCUCUGGGCAUGAGCACGGCCACUCACACCAUGGGCACGGCAAUGCAGAACACACCCAUGGAGGACAUGGACACAGUCAUGGAGGACACGGUCACUCUCACAGCCACGGGCAUUCCCACGGGUCUGCUGGAGGGGGAAUGAAUGCUAAUAUGCGAGGAGUGUUUCUACAUGUGCUUGCUGACACACUGGGCAGUGUCGGAGUGAUUAUAUCCACCCUUCUCAUUAAACAGUUUGGAUGGCUGAUCGCAGAUCCCAUUUGUUCACUCUUCAUUGCCACACUGAUUUUUCUCAGUGUUAUUCCUUUGUUAAAAGACGCCUGUGAGGUUCUUCUCCUGAGAACGCCACCUGAAAAUGACAAGGAGCUUAACUUUGCACUUGAGAAGAUUCAGAAAAUAGAAGGCGUUUUAUCCUACCGUGAUCCACACUUCUGGAGACAUUCUGCCAGUGUCAUUGCUGGAACCAUCCAUCUCCAACUCAUGUCUGAUGUAGUAGAACAACGAGUUAUUCAACAGGUGUCUGCCGUGUUGAAGGAUGCUGGUGUUAAUAACCUGACUAUACAGUUGGAAAAAGAGGCUUACUUCCAGCACAUGUCUGGCCUAAGCACUGGAUUCCACGAGGUUUUAGCCAUGACACAACAGAUGGAAUCCAUGAAAUAUUAUAAAGACGGCACAUGUAUCAUGUAAACUCUUGUUUUAACACGUUUAAAUAUUAAGAAAUAAAGGGAUCUAAGGUAUAAUUAUAAUCUCAUUUUUUUUAUUAAAAAAUGUAAAAAUGAAUUUUAUGAUGGCUACACUCUGUAAGGUUCCUAACAGUUAGAAACAAUAAAAUAUUAUAUUAU